AUGCCUACUGAUGCCCAAGUUGCUGGCGGCCACAAGGCCACUUUGAACAACCCCAACGUUAGUCAAGAGGCCAAGGAGCAUUCCAAGCAAGUCCUCGAAAAUGACUUCAACGGCGGCGAUGUGCCCAAGGCUGGAGAUGACGAAAGCAAGAACCCCGGAAAUGUUGCCGGCGGUCUAAAGGCAACUAUGAAAAACCCGAAUGUGUCGGAGGAAGCCAAGGAGAGUGCCAAGGAGCGCCUCGACAACAUGUAG